AGAUGGCUUCAGUGAGAAUCAACUGUGCGCCGAAGGAUCACGUGUUGCUCGGACAGACGCGGAGAAAAUGUAGAUGUUUGAUGACUGACAGAUAACUUACUUAAAGUCGACUUCUUGCAACGUAUCCGGACACACGGGACGGUCUGUGCUACCGCGUUGACUGAUAAAAAUUGGAACAACAGAAGCGAAGAGAGUAAAGCAAUGAUGAAGUCAGGAAUGCACAAGCCACCUGUGGCCCCAAAACCAAAGCUGAUCCAGCCGCAGAGGCCUGGGGUGUCUCCCUCAACCCCAAGAAGAGACGGUCUCUCACUCCCGUCUCCUGGCGCACAGAGGAGGAUUAAACCAGUACUGGCCCCCAAACCCUGCCUCUCUAAACUCACCACUGCUUUGGAGUCCAAACCACUUGCUUUAAAGAGCCUGCAUCAAACAUCUGUAACAGAAAUGCCGCAGAACAAAGGUCUUAUUAACUCCCAAAAUGGAAUACAGCAAGAGAACAAAAAGCCAGAAUGGGAUUAUAUUAUUCCUAUUUGUCUGUGUAGCCAUGAAAAGUGCAUGUGUAUGAGGAACACAUCAACAAACAAAGACAAAAUGGAGAAAGACUUGAAAACAUUGCAUAAGGAUAAAACUGUAGAAAACACAAAGUUUCUCCCUACAUUGCGAAGUACUUUGGAUAACAGCGGAGAGAAAACAGACAAUGCCGAGUGCCAAGUGAUGAACACUGCUUCCACCAAUACCCACCUCACAACCCAUAAACCUCUUCAAGAAACGUUUACUUUGGACAAAAAUCUCAACACAGACAUAAUUACCAGGACUGUUAGACCAUCCCUUCCUCACAGAACAUGGAGCGAUGAGGCAAAUGGUAACGUAAUAUCUCAGAGUGCACCUGGGCGAGGACCAAAGGAAGAUACUUUUGACUCAGAGCAAAUAUCUUGUGCACCCCAACCCAAACCAGUCCCAGCAGUCCCUAGGAAGCCCAUCCCUGUCCCUGUACCACGGAAACCCAGGGCGGCUGUGCUGGCCCGUCAGGAAAAGGUGGAGGAGGAGAGGGAAGAGAUUGUAAGCGAGAAAGGGAGGGAAAUGAACGUCAAAGAGGUGAAGGUGUCAUCAGAGGGGAAGGGCAGCUCAUCACCGUCUGUCAGUAUACCUGAACCAGUAUUUCUGUCUGUGAGAAAAGCUUGCGCUGGGCCAGCUCCUCCGCCCAAGAAAAAGCCUUUUCUGUCUGCACCUGACAACAAAGCACCAACCUCUGCUCCUCAGACAGUCCCAAAGGAUGUGGAGGAGGAAGACCUGGGUUGGGACAGCAGCAGCCAUGAGAUGGAAGUAUCGGUUGACAAGGAGGAUGAAGAGGUGGAGAAGGAGGAGGAAGGAACACAUGAUCAGGAGGCAGUCUACACUUGUAGUAGUUCGCUCAGUCAACUCAGCCAGCCUCCUGCCAUCACUGGGGCAGCAGAGGAUGAGGUUGUCAAGGUUUCUCAGAAGAAGCCCCAGAGACGCAGCUGCCCGAUGGCAUGGAUGCAGAAGAAGGAAUCCUCUGAGGAGAAAGAAGAGGGGGAAUUAGGAGAUAAUGGGAAAAGGCAGGACCUUCCUAUACAAAAUGGUGUUUUGAAGGAAAGAGUGAAGAGGGAGCUGCCUUUGCCUCCAGACAAUAAAGCAAGCAGAAACCUCUUAACAGCUGAAACCACCAAGCAUUCUCGGUCCAGUCGGAGUAAACAGAGGGCCAAGUCUUUCUCUGGUGCUGACCUCAUUCGCUCUGAGGGACAGAAGAGGAACUCUUUCCGGAAACUUCUGGACUUGAAGCUCUCGGUGAAGAAGUUUCCCAAGCUGACAGUAAAAGAAGGCCAGAGCCCAGACGACGCUGCAAAUGACAAUGAACAAAGUGUGGACAGGGACCAGGAAGGAUGUCAGAACUUCCACGAGCUUCUGCAGCCUGAACGCAAAUUAUCCUGCCCGCUGAUUGGAGUAGAGCAAAGCGUGGACGGAGAUGAGUUUUCUCCUGAAACAGAAUACGCAUGUUACUAUGAGAACUUCCCUAACUACGAAGAGAUACCAGACUACAUGAAUGUGCAUGUGGGAAGUGCAGUGACCUCGCCUCGGACCUCCUUCUCGCAGCCUGCUGCCUGGCAGAUCUCAAUGUAUAAUGAUGAGGGCAUUUAUGAGGAGCAGGAACCAUAUAUGUCCCUCGAGAGAAGCACUGGCAUGACAUGUCAGACCCCAACAGAAUAUGAGAGCUCUGUUGAUGAGGAGGUGGCACCCCUGGAAGAUGGCCCUGUGGAUGAUGACAUCUUGCCCAAUACCUCAGAUGAGGAGGGCGAGGAUGAUAGCAGCUCUAACUCCAGUAAAGGAGUCCCUGAACAGCCAGAUGAGAGUACGACACAGGGUGGACAGAGGAAGAGCAAGAUUCACCACAUUGCCACAGAAAUUAUGACCUCUGAGAGAGUGUUUGUUGGUGUCCUGAAGUUGCUUCAUGUUGACUUCCGUGAAGCAGUGUCCAAAGCUUCUCGUCAGAGUGGGAAGCCUGUGAUUGAGGAGCGAUUUCUCAACCAGAUCCUAUACUACCUGCCACAGCUCUACGAACUCAACCAAGACCUGCUCAAGGAGCUGCAGCAGAGAGUGGCCAAGUGGGAUGAGAAAGCCCAGCUAGCAGACAUUUUCCUGAAGAAAGGGCCUUAUCUGAAGAUGUACUCUACAUACAUCCGUGAGUUUGACAAGAAUGUGACUCUACUUGAAGAGCAGAGUAAGAAGAACCUAGCAUUCAGCACAGUGGUACGGGAAUUUGAGGCCAGUCCACGCUGUGCCAACUUGGCUCUGAAGCAUUACCUCCUAAAGCCUAUUCAGAGGAUUCCUCAGUAUCAGCUGUUGCUCACAGACUAUCUAAAAAACCUGUCUGAAGACUCAGACGACUACAAGGACACACAAGAUGCCCUUGCAAUUGUGAAAGAGGUGGCCAAUCAUGCCAACGAUAUCAUGAAACAAGGGGAUAACUUCCAGAAGCUGAUCCAGGUGCAGUGCAGUCUAAACGGCCACCAUGAGAUAGUCCAACCUGGACGGAUCUUCCUGAAAGAGGGUGUCCUGAAGAAGCUGUCCAGGAAGGUCAUGCAGCCCAGAAUGUUCUUCCUGUUUAACGACACAUUGCUGUACACCACCCCUGUUCAGUCAGGCCAGUACAAGUUCAACAACAUGUUGUCUCUGGCUGGGAUGAAGGUUAGCAAACCAAGGCAAGAGGCCAUUCAGAAUGAGCUGAACAUUGAGAGCGUGGAGCGCUCCUUCAUUCUCUCAGCGAGUUCGGCCACAGAGCGAGAUGAAUGGCUUGAGGCCAUUUCCACGGCGAUCAGUGACUACACCAGGAAGAAGAUCAGUUUUAUAUCUGGCAAGCCUCCAGAAGAGGUAGAGUGGAAGGAUUUUGGUGAUGGUGUGCCUUUGGGAUCCAAAGCACCUAUAUGGAUCCCUGACCCACGUACCACCAUGUGUAUGAUCUGCACCUGUGAGUUUACCCUAACAUGGAGGCGACACCACUGCCGUGCAUGCGGAAAGGUGGUAUGCCAGGCCUGCUCCUCCAACAAACACUGUCUUGAAUACCUAAAGAACCAGUUAGCACGAGUCUGUGACCAGUGUUUUGUUGUUCUUCAGCAGCAGAAAUGUGAACAAGCUCUAUCAGCAAUUGUGUCUCCUGGAACCAGAGCGACUUUUGCUUUUUCCAGGAAGCAGAAGAAGAUACCUGCAGCCCUCAAAGAGGUGUCAGCCAACACAGACAACUCCUCCAUGAGCGGGUAUUUGCAGAGGUCAAAGGUCAAUAAGAAGCAGGGGAAGAGGCUAUGGUUUGUCAUCAAAGACAAGGUCUUGUACACGUAUGCUGCAAGUGAGGAUGUUGCAGCCUUGGAGAGUCAGCCCCUGUUAGGGUUUAUGCUGAAAGUUGAUUCAUCACAGAAGUUACAGUUUAAGCUUUACCACAAAAACACGCUUUACUACAUUUUUAAAGCUGAUGAUGUCCAAACAGCACAGAGAUGGAUCGACUCAUUCAAAGAAGCCACGGUGCUUUAAUAUCAGCUCACAGUGUAUGUUGCUGUUUAACAUACUUUGUUGUUCUUGCCUGAAAAAUGUUUUACCUCAAUGCUAUCUGAAUUCUGCAAAAAGAAUCUGGAGACACCAUAUUGCGUUAAAAUCGAAAUAUUUAAUUGCUUUAUCAGACAUACUGUACUUAUCUUUUACAUUGUUUAAAGAGCACUCCUGUGGAGAUGGCAAGUACCCAUGUCAUGUUAGUACAUUAACAUGAAUUGUUUCCAUCAGGAUUUUUGCAGAUUUGGCUACAAAUUUAGAAUCAUGCCACAAUCAUCUUUAGCUAUUAGACACUUAGCCUUUGAUUGUAACACAUUUUAAUUACAUUUUAUUGUAUCUGCUUGGAUCUCUGUGGCAUAGAUUUGGAAAUAAAACUCAGUGUCAAUACAUUUAUAAUGAAUACUUGCAUAACAUGAUCCACAUUUACCAAAUAAUCUUUAGAGCUCAAAACAAUCGCAUAGGUGUUCUCACAUAGGUGUUCUUGUUGCUUGGGAAUAAUUACUUUAUUUCACAUAGAAGCUCACUGUUAACACACAUUGCACACUCUUUAUACUUGUUUAAGAACCUCUCACAUUACAUUAUCAAAGGUUUUUGUAACUAUGUGUAUGAGUAAUGGUUCAUUCACUGUUUGGACAUAAAUGUACAAUAAUGUGUAUUGCACUUACAUAACUCAAUUGCUGUACAGAUCAUAUCCCUAUCACACACACACACACAUACAUAUAUAUAUAUAUAUAUAUAUAUUUUACACACACACUGUAAAUAUAGCAGAUUGUAAAUUAAAUGUAUCGAAAUUUCCAUGAAUCACUUAUUGUUUUAAUUCUGUCACUGUAAUAAAUUGUCCUGUUUUACUGUG